AGAGAGAGCUCUAUAUAUAUAUAUGGCGAAGCAAAUGUUUCCACCCAACGGGAUUCUCAAGAGCGAGGCUCUCAAAGAGUAUAUCUACGAAACGGCGGCGUAUCCAAGAGAGCAUGAACAGCUCAAGAAAUUACGAGAAGCUACAGUCCACAAGCAUGGCUAUAUGAGCGUGAUGGGGGUACCCGUCGAUGAGGGGCAAUUUCUAUCAAUGCUUAUAAAGAUAAUGAAUGCCAAGAAGACACUAGAGCUCGGUGUUUUCACAGGCUAUUCACUCCUCACCACAGCCCUUGCAUUGCCUGAGGACGGACAUGUUACUGGAAUAGACAUUGAUAAAGAAGCUUACGAGAUGGGUCUAGAGUUCAUCAAGAAAGCAGGUGUUGAUCACAAGGUCACUUUCAUCCAGUCUGAUGGUGUUCAGGCCUUAGACAAGAUGUUAAGCGAGAAUCCAAAACCGGAGUUUGAUUUCGCAUUUGUUGAUGCUGAUAAACAAAACUACGCCAACAUGUACGAGAGACUGAUGAAGCUGGUGAAGGUUGGUGGGAUUAUAGCGUUUGAUAACACAUUGUGGUUUGGGUUCGUGGCAGAGGAAGAAGAAAGCGUCCCAGAGCGCAUGAGGAUGUAUAGAGAAAUCCUAAUGGAUUUGAACAAGCAGCUAGCUGCUGAUCAUCGCAUCGAGCUCUCUCAAGUCUCCAUUGGUGAUGGUGUCACUCUCUGCAGGCGCCUUGUUUGAUUAAGAGAGUCAUUUAAUACUUUGACUGUGACAAGACUAGAUCGAAUCACAUGUCCUUAUCUUAUCUAUCGCAAUAUUUUCUUAUUUCAAUAACCAUCCUAGCUCGGUUUGUUUAUCCGGUUAAGCUCUAUUUUGGUCAAGUGUUGGAUUGGACCACACAAUUAAACCUUAU